CUAUAGGGUAUUAAUAUGUUUUUUUUUUCUUCUUUUUCCAGUCCAAUAUCCUAAAAUCGAAGUACGAAGCAACCACCAUGUUCAUUUUCUCCAUUGUCAAAUCAUUGGGCUGCACACAACCUGUUUGAUAAUAUUACUAUAAGCAAUACCAAUCGCGAUCUGGAUUCUCCUCACUUUCUAUCACUUCAUCACUCAAUUCUCCUACGCCGAUCCACAUUCUGGCCACUCAUAUCGCCGCUGCAAACCCACUACUGACGCCGUCUGCAACCACCUUCGUCAGCCGCCGUGCCAUUGCCAAUCCAGAUCCAGUCUAAACCAACUCGGGAAUGGCUUCUUCGGAAGCUGAUUCCCGGCUAAAGCAAGUGCUAAUCCCAGCCCUUGAGAAAAUUAUCAAGAAUGGAUCAUGGCGUAAACAUUCAAAGCUAUCCCAUGAAUGCAAAUCCGUUAUCGAUUUCCUCACAAAUCCAUCUUCAACCCCACCCACUUCUCCGUCUGCCGAACCCGAUCCGGAUUUGGCAGCACAUCCCGGAGUUCUUCUAGAUCUCUCUUUCAAUGAUUCGGAGCUUAUUCUUAGCCCUUUUAUAAACGCUGCUGGUUCAGGUCAUCUUAAGAUUGCUGAAGCUGCACUUGAUGCUGUGCAAAAGCUCAUUGCUCAUGGUUACCUUCGUGGGGAAGCGGACCCGACUGGAGGCCCAGAUGCGAAGUUUCUAUCGAAAUUGAUCGAGUCUGUUUGUAAAUGUCAUGAUUUGGGAGAUGAUGCGGUGGAAUUGCUUGUAAUUAAGACUAUUUUGUCUGCUGUCACAUCUGUUUCAAUUCGAAUCCAUGGGGAUUCUUUGUUGCAGGUUGUCAGGACUUGUUAUGAUAUUUAUUUGGAGAGUAAGAAUGUGGUGAAUCAGACUACUGCUAAGGCUUCAUUGGUUCAAAUGUUGGUGAUUGUCUUCCGGAGAAUGGAGGCUGAUUCAUCUACCGUGCCAUUGCAGCCUAUUGUUGUGGCGGAGUUAAUGGAACCAGCUGAAAAAGCUGAUGCUGAUGGAUCAAUGACAUUGUUUGUUCAGGGGUUUAUAACCAAAGUGUUUCAGGACAUUGAUGGGGUUUUCAAUGCGGGGACUCCAAGGGUGGGGGCUACAACUACUGGUGCUCAUGAUGGGGCAUUUGAGACAACGACAUCAACUGUGGAGUCCACGAAUCCUGCUGAUUUGUUGGAUUCCACGGAUAAAGAUAUGUUGGACGCUAAAUAUUGGGAGAUUAGCAUGUAUAAAACAGCGUUGGAAGGGCGAAAAGGGGAGCUGGUGGACGGGGAGGGAGAAAGGGAUGAUGAUUUGGAGGUUCAAAUUGGGAAUAAAUUGAGAAGGGAUGCAUUCUUGGUGUUUAGAGCCUUAUGUAAGCUCUCAAUGAAGACACCACCCAAGGAGGCAGCAGCAGAUCCACAGUUAAUGAGGGGCAAGAUUGUGGCGCUGGAGCUGCUCAAGAUAUUGUUGGAGAAUGCUGGAGCAAUAUUUAGGACAAGUGACAGGUUUUUAGGUGCUAUUAAGCAGUACUUGUGUUUGUCAUUGUUGAAAAACAGUGCUUCAAGCCUCAUGAUUGUCUUCCAGCUUUCGUGCUCAAUUUUUAUAAGUCUGGUUGCAAGAUUUAGAGCUGGUCUCAAGGCAGAAAUUGGUGUUUUCUUUCCCAUGAUUGUUCUUAGAGUAUUGGAAAAUGUUGCUCAACCAAAUUUCCAGCAGAAAAUGAUAGUGCUUCGAUUUCUUGAGAGGCUUUGUAUUGAUUCACAGAUUUUGGUUGAUAUUUUCCUCAAUUAUGAUUGUGAUGUCAAUUCGUCAAACAUAUUCGAGAGAAUGGUCAAUGGGCUUCUUAAAACUGCUCAAGGUGUACCUCCUGGUACCACAACAACUCUUUUGCCACCACAAGAAUCAACUAUGAAGCUAGAAGCAAUGAGGUGCUUAGUGGCUAUCUUGAAGUCUUUGGGAGAUUGGAUGAACAAACAUUUGCGUAUUGCAGAUCCUCUUUCAACCAAAAAGUAUGAGGCAUCUGACAGUAACUCUGAACCUGGAAUUCUUCCCAUUACAAAUGGCAUUGAGGAUGAGCCUACUGAAGUAUCAGAUUCUCAUUCUGAAUCCUCUAGUGAAGUUUCUGAUGUUUCUACAAUUGAGCAGCGCCGCGCUUACAAGCUUGAACUUCAGGAAGGUAUAUCUCUGUUUAAUAGGAAACCCAAGAAAGGCAUUGAAUUCCUGAUAAAUGCUAAUAAAGUGGGGAACUCACCAGAGGAAAUUGCGGCAUUUCUUAAAGAUGCCUCUGGUUUGAAUAAGACCUUAAUAGGUGAUUAUUUGGGGGAAAGGGAUGACUUACCAUUGAAAGUAAUGCAUGCGUACGUGGAUUCCUUUGAUUUCCAAGGAAAGGAGUUUGAUGAGGCCAUCAGGGCCUUUCUACAAGGAUUCAGAUUGCCUGGCGAGGCACAGAAGAUUGAUCGAAUCAUGGAGAAGUUUGCUGAACGGUACUGUAAAUGCAAUCCAAAAGUUUUUAGUAGUGCAGAUACUGCCUAUGUCCUUGCGUACUCAGUUAUAUUGCUUAACACUGAUGCCCAUAAUCCUACAAUCAAAACCAAGAUGUCAGCUGAUGAUUUUAUAAGAAACAAUCGCGGAAUUGAUGAUGGAAAGGAUGUGCCAGAGGAGUAUUUGAGAUCUUUGUUUGAGAGGAUAUCGAAAAAUGAAAUUAAAAUGAAAGACGAUAACUUGGCUCUCCAACAAAAGCAGUCUCUGAACUCUAACAGGAUUUUAGGUUUAGACAACAUUUUGAAUAUUGUUGUCCGUAAGCGAGGAGAUGAAAGUAUGGAGACUAGUGAUGAUCUUGUCAGACACAUGCAGGAGCAGUUCAAAGAGAAAGCUCGCAAAUCUGAGUCAGUUUAUUAUGCUGCAACAGAUGUGGUGAUCCUCAGAUUCAUGGUUGAGGUUUGCUGGGCUCCGAUGUUGGCUGCCUUUAGUGUUCCCCUUGACCAAGCUGACGACGGUGUUGUGAUAGCUCUGUGUUUGGAAGGAUUCCGUUGUGCAAUCCAUGUCACUGCUGCAAUGUCCAUGAAAACACAUAGGGAUGCUUUUGUGACUUCUCUUGCAAAAUUCACUUCUCUUCACUCACCUGCAGACAUCAAACAGAAAAACAUAGAUGCAAUCAAGGCAAUAAUAACAAUCGCAGAUGAGGAUGGAAACUACUUACAGGAGGCGUGGGAGCAUAUUCUGACAUGUGUUUCUCGGUUUGAACAUUUGCAUCUCUUGGGGGAGGGUGCCCCUCCAGAUGCAACUUUCUUUGCACUUCCUCAGAAUGAAUUUGACAAGUCAAAACAAGCUAAGUCUCUCAUCCUUCCUGUCCUGAAAAAGAAAGGUCCUGGGAAGAUUCAAAGUGCAGCUUCAGCUAUGAGAAGGGGUUCAUACGAUAGUGCUGGUAUUGGUGGCAGUGCUUCUGCAGGCAUUACGUCUGAGCAGAUGAACAACUUGGUCUCUAACUUAAACAUGUUGGAACAAGUUGGUGAAAUGAACCGCAUAUUCAUAAGGAGUCAGAAAUUAAACAGUGAGGCUAUAGUGGACUUUGUGAAAGCUUUAUGCAAGGUCUCUAUGGAAGAAUUACGUUCUACUUCAGAUCCAAGGGUUUUUAGUCUCACAAAAAUAGUUGAGAUUGCGCACUACAAUAUGAACCGUAUCAGAUUUGUUUGGACAAAAAUCUGGCAGGUUCUUGGUGAAUUUUUCGUGACCAUUGGCUGCUCUGAAAAUCUUUCAAUUGCCAUAUUUGCAAUGGAUUCUUUGCGGCAAUUAUCAAUGAAGUUCUUGGAGAGAGAAGAAUUGGCUAACUAUAAUUUUCAGAAUGAGUUUAUGAAGCCUUUUGUGAUUGUUAUGCGCAAGAGUAGUGCUGUGGAGAUCAGAGAAUUAAUCAUCAGAUGCGUCUCUCAAAUGGUUUUGUCUCGAGUCAAUCAUGUGAAAUCCGGAUGGAAGAGCAUGUUCAUGGUCUUCACUACUGCUGCUUAUGAUGACCAUAAAAACAUUGUGUUAUUAGCUUUCGAGAUAAUGGAAAAGAUUGUGCGAGACUAUUUUCCUUAUAUAACGGAGACAGAGACCACCACAUUCACAGACUGUGUUAAUUGCCUUGUUGCAUUCACUAAUAGUAGAUUCAACAAAGAUAUUAGUCUCAGUGCCAUUGCUUUCCUUCGUUUAUGUGCGGCAAAACUUGCUGAAGGUGAUCUUGGCUCCUCAAGGAAUAAGGACAGAGAAACUUCUGUGAAGUUUUCACCAUCUUCUCCUCAUAAAGGAAAAGACCACAACAUUGAAAAUGGAGAAUUGACAGAUAAGGAGGAUCAUCUUUAUUUCUGGUUUCCACUGUUGGCUGGACUAUCUGAACUUAGCUUCGACCCGAGGCCUGAAAUCAGAAAGAGCGCUCUGCAAGUCCUUUUUGAUACCUUGCGCAAUUACGGGCACCAUUUCUCUCUAUCAUUAUGGGAAAGGGUAUUUGAAUCUGUACUAUUUCCUAUCUUUGACUAUGUUCGGCAUACUAUUGACCCUUCAGGUGAAAACUCACCUACUCAUGGAAUUGAUGCUGAAGAGGGUGAGCCUGAUCAAGAUUCAUGGCUUUAUGAGACCUGCACGCUGGCGCUCCAACUGGUUGUAGAUCUCUUUGUUAAAUUUUAUGAUACAGUCAAUCCACUUCUGAAGAAAGUGCUGUUCUUAUUGGUGAAUUUUGUCAAGCGUCCGCAUCAGAGUCUUGCUGGUAUUGGCAUUGCUGCAUUUGUCCGUCUUAUGAGCAAUGCUGGGAGUCUUUUCUCUGAAGAUAAAUGGCUUGAAGUGGUUUUGUCCAUUAAAGAAGCGGCUAAUGCAACUAUUCCCGACUUCUCUUUUCUUCUUAACGAAAAUAACAAUUAUUGGUCCCAGGAAGAAGAUAUGACUGGGAAUGGCAAUGCAGAAACCACUGGUACAGAUACUCCAGAUGAGGACUUGGAAAAUUUGAGGAGGCACCGUCUGUAUGAUGCUAUUGCUGAUGUGAAGUGUAGGGCUGCUGUUCAGCUAUUAUUAAUUCAGGCUGUGAUGGAGAUCUACAACAUGUACAGACCUCAGCUGUCUAGCAAAAACAUCAUUGUCCUCUUUGAUGCCAUGCAUGGUGUGGCAUCGCAUGCUCAUAAAAUAAACAGUGACACGACACUGCGGUCAAAGCUGCUAGAGUUCAGUUCCAUGACCCAAAUGCAAGACCCUCCAUUAUUACGGCUUGAGAAUGAGGCUUAUCAAAUUUGUCUCUCAUUUUUACAAAAUCUUGUGUUAGAUAAACCUACUGGUUUUGAAGAUUCUGAUGUGGAAACUUACCUCGUCAACCUUUGCAGCGAGGUCUUACACUUCUAUAUUGAAAUCGCACAUUCAGGACAAAUGUCUGAGUCAUCUCUUGGUGCACAGCUUCGUUGGUUAAUUCCCCUGGGUUCUGGCAGAAGGAGAGAGUUGGCUGCACGUGCACCUCUUAUCAUUGCAACUCUCCAGGCAAUAUGUAGUUUAGGAGAUGCAUCAUUUGAGAAAAACUUGUCAGGCUUCUUCCCAUUACUUUCAAGCUUGAUAAGUUGUGAGCAUGGUUCAAAUGAGAUUCAGUUAGCCCUGAGUGAUAUGCUCAGUUCAUCCGUGGGUCCUGUUUUGCUUCGAUCAUGUUGAGCUUAGGGUACUCGUUAUUUCUUUUGCUUUAUAUGGUAUAUUUCUUGUAUUUUUGCCAAUUUUCCUAUCAUCUAAUAUUGCAGAAAGAUAGUUUCGAUGCUUCAAAAACUAGUGAUUGUUUAUAUGCCCAGGCAUUUAGAACCUUCUGCAGUAUAUUGAGGGGCUUAGCUCUUUGUAGAGUCAUUAGAUGUUAGCAGGAGUUCUGAUGUUGUAUGUGUAGCAUUUUCCUCUUUAAUAUACGAGCAAUUUCAUGCCUAAGGAUUGCUUGUUGUGUA